GGAGUGCAGUUGAAAGAAGAGUGAUGCAGUUGUGCAUAAAUAGCCAAUGGUAACAAAACAUCAUUGUCAGACAGUAACGUUUUGAAAUAGGCUUGUUGAAUUUUCAGGUGGCAUGAAAUCCGAGAACUACAUGUAGAAUUGUGGAAAGUGGUUGUAGCAGAAGUCUCAUCAGGAUGUACUAGUACUGGGUGCAACUUGAACUGGUCAACAUGCCAGCUUUGUGGAAACGAGCCGUAGUUUUGUUAGCAUUACUAAUAGCUGUUUUGCAGGUGAUCCACAUGACUUUAUUAAGUCGCCUGGAAAGGAAAAAACAUCAUCGUUUUGAGAAAAGCUUGGCUGAUGGGAAAGACCGAGAUUAUCAAGAGUCAACACUGAGAGAGGAUCGUGCUCAGAUGUUAAAAACAGUAGAGCAGAGUAGUGUUCUAGAUUCCAGUGGUGAGUUUCGGAUCAUUAAUUUCCUUAUGCGGGCAGAAUCACUUGGUCCCCGUAAUAAUAUUAGGCAGGAUAUAAGUAUAGUGACUCAUACAACAGUGAAUCAUCUCCAUUAUCUCAGUAGAUUAAGUGAGCGAUGGCAAGGUCCAAUGUCAGUUUCCGUUUUUGCUGUUACUCAGGAUGGUUCACUCGCCGUAGAAAGCAUUCUUUACCUCAGACGUUGUUUGCCGUCUAUUCGGUACAAUACCAGUUUUCAUCUGGUUUAUCCUUUAAAAAAUCCUUCACAAGAAACUGACUCUCGUCGGGAAAAAUCUCCCAUCUUUGGAUCUUGUGAUGACCUAUUGAGUGUUUUUCAGGGCCUCGAAGUUCCCGAUAACUAUGCCCAUGGAAUAGCUUAUCCAAACAAUCUCUUAAGAAAUGUUGCCAGAAAGAAUGCUUUGACUGAAUUUGUUUUUGUCAUAGAUGUUGAUCUUCUUCCAACCAGUUAUUUGCAUAGGGAUUUUUUAACAUUUGCCAAAGAGAACAGGUUACUUCUGGAUUCUCACAGAGAAGAUAAAACUGUCUAUAUUGUGCCUGCUUUCGAGGUGAAGAAGGGGACUGAGGUGCCUGCAGAGAAAAAAACUCUGUUACAAUCACUAAAACUCAUGGAAGCCAGGCCAUUUUAUUUGGAACUCUGCUGGAAAUGCCAGAAGCACACGGACUAUGAUGCUUGGGAGCAUGAUACAAUGUCUGCCAAGCUAAACAUUCUAUUUGAAGUCCUGUGGAGAGACCCCUGGGAGCCCUUUUACAUCUCUCGAAACACAGUACCAUUUUAUGAUGAGCGCUUUCGACAGUAUGGGUUUAACAGAAUUAGUCAG